CUCCCGCGCUCUCUCUUUUUCCGCCUCCGCUGCGGAGCCUCAGCUCGAGCUCUGCCGCCGCCGCCUCCUCCUCCUUCCCCCCGGCGCGGCCAUGCCCAACAUCGUGCUCUUCAGCGGCAGCUCGCACCAGGACCUGUCCCAGCGCGUGGCCGAGCGGCUGGGCCUGGAGCUGGGCAAGGUGGUGACCAAGAAAUUCAGCAACCAGGAAACCAGUGUAGAGAUUGGUGAAAGUGUGAGAGGGGAAGAUGUGUAUAUCAUCCAGAGUGGCUGUGGAGAAAUCAAUGAUAACUUGAUGGAACUUCUAAUAAUGAUCAAUGCUUGCAAGAUUGCAUCAUCGUCCAGAGUGACUGCAGUAAUUCCAUGUUUUCCAUAUGCCAGGCAAGAUAAGAAAGACAAGUUUGUCCACAUCUUUUCUAAAGUUAGCACCCAGAACCGUGCACAGUAUUCCAGGGUUACUUCAAUCGCAGAUAGACUGAAUGUUGAAUUUGCUCUGAUUCACAAGGAAAGAAAGAAAGCUAACGAAGUGGACAGAAUGGUCUUGGUUGGUGAUGUGAAAGAUAGGAUAGCUAUUCUUGUCGAUGACAUGGCUGACACAUGUGGCACAGUAUGUCAUGCAGCAGACAAGUUAGUGUCUGCUGGAGCCACUAAAGUUUAUGCUAUUCUGACUCAUGGGAUCUUCUCUGGCCCUGCUAUUUCUCGAAUCAAUAAUGCUGCAUUUGAGGCUGUUGUAGUAACUAACACAAUCCCACAGGAUGAGAAAAUGAAAAAUUGUCCCAAGAUUCAGGUUAUUGACAUUUCCAUGAUUCUGGCUGAGGCAAUCCGAAGAACACACAAUGGCGAAUCUGUGUCCUACCUGUUCAGCCAUGUUCCGCUAUAACUGCAAGAGAUUAGUGUUUUCCUGUUGGUUGUGUCCACCAGCACUGUCAACCUUUUUAAAUAAUGCGACUCAACAAUGAGAUGACUCUCUUGGUAAAAAGCUUCAGCUCUUGCAUACUUAAAGAUGUUUUCGUUUUCUAAUUAAUCUUUGUUCAUUGUAAAUGGGUAAUACAGCUCCAUUUUGCAAAAUCUCUUAUGAAUACACUUAAGGAUUUUGAAGGGGAGGCUUCAAUACUUACCUGUGACUAUUCCUACAGGUAACUUUUUGAUUCUGUAUUUGCCUAUAGCAAGAGGGUCAAUACCAUUUCAAAACUUUUUAUAUUUGUGG